UCAUUCCACCAUGUCUCGUCAGUCCACUGUCACCUUUAAGACAGGGAGCCGAAGGGGCUUCAGUGCCGCCUCUGCCACCACCCCUGCUGCUGGACACUCCCGCUUUAGCUCUGUCUCCAUGGUUCGCUCAUCAGGAGGCCAUGGAGGGCUAGGGAGGAUCAGUGGUGUGGGGACUGGCUUUGGUAGUCGAAGUCUCUAUAAUUUGGAUGGCUCAAAGCAAAUUUCUAUCAGUGGGUCCAAUAGUGGCUUCUGGAGUGGAUUUGGUGGCAGAACAGGUGUAUAUGGCUUUGGUGGUGGCAGCAUUAAAAGUGGACUUGGUUUUAGAGCUGGGUUUUCUGCCUGCCCCCCUGGUGGAAUCCAAGAAGUCACUAUCAACCAGAGUCUUCUGACUCCCCUCAACCUGCAAAUUGACCCCACCAUCCAGAGAGUGAGGACUGAAGAGCGGGAGCAGAUCAAGACCCUCAACAACAAGUUUGCUUCCUUCAUUGACAAGGUACGAUUUCUUGAACAACAAAACAAGGUUUUGGAUACCAAAUGGACACUGCUCCAGGAACAGGGCACCAAGACUGUGAAACAAAAUUUGGAGCCAUUGUUUGAGGCCUAUAUUAGCCAACUCAAGGUGCAACUGGACAGAAUCACACAUGAGAAAGGUUCUCUGGAUGGUGAGCUGAGAAACAUGCAAGAUCAAGUGGAAGACUCCAAGAACAAGUUUGAAGAUGAAAUCAACAAGCGCACAGCAGCAGAGAAUGAAUUUGUGACGCUGAAGAAGGAUGUUGAUGCUGCCUAUAUGAAUAAGGUUGAACUGCAAGCCAAUGCAGACGUCCUCCUAGAGGAGAUCAACUUCUUGAAAGCCUUAUAUGAAGCAGAGCUGUCCCAGAUGCAGACCCACAUCUCUGACACCUCUGUCAUCCUCUCCAUGGACAACAACCGCUCUCUGGAUCUGAAUAGCAUCAUUGCUGAAGUCAAGGCUCAGUAUGAAGAUAUUGCUAAGAGGAGUAGGGCUGAAGCUGAGUCCUGGUACCAGACCAAGUAUGAGGAACUACAGAUCACAGCUGGCCGCCAUGGGGAUGACCUCCGCAAUACCAAGCACGAGAUCUCUGAAAUAAACCGAAUGAUCCAGAGGCUGAGAGCCGAGAUCGAUAACGUCAAGAAGCAGUGUGCCAACCUGCAGAAUGCCAUUGCUGAAGCUGAGCAGAAGGGUGAGAUGGCCCUCAAGGAUGCCAGGGCCAAAUUAGAGGAGCUGGAAAAUGCUCUUCAGAGAGCCAAACAGGACAUGGCCCGCCAGCUGCGUGAGUACCAGGAGCUGAUGAAUGUCAAGCUGGCCCUGGAUAUAGAGAUCGCCACCUACAAGAAGCUGCUGGAGGGAGAGGAGUGCAGAAUGAGUGGAGAGGGUGUUGGACCAGUCAACAUCUCUGUUGUGAGCUCCACAGUCUCCAGCGGGUAUGGAAGUGGCAGUGGUGUUGCCGGUGGUUUUGGUCUGAGUGGAGGAAGUGGUUAUUCCUAUGGUAGCAGCGGCAGCUACAGUGUGGGAGGAGGACUCAGCGCUGGAGGUGGCUUCAGCGCUGGCAGUGGGAGAGGCUCCCUGGGGGGCAGCAGCACCAGCGUAAAGUACACCACAACCACAUCUUCCACUAAGAAGAGUUACAAGCACUAACGUGUCUACCAGAUUCUUGGCUCCGGAAUGCCUCAAGUUCCUGCUUCCUGUUCCUAACCCUUAGAAUCAAGGCUGCCAUCCUUUUGUCUGCGGAAGAUGUUGGGGUUGAUUUCUAGACGUGCCCCCCCCUCCAACCUUUGAUCUUCUCUUGCAUCCAGACUUGGGUCCAAAAUUUUA